AUCGAAACCAGUCUAAUCAGUUUUUUUUGGCGGGAAUGUUCAAAUAGUGGCCACGGCUCUACAUUUCAUGAACACUUAAAGGUUCAAGAUGUUUUACAGCCAAGAUAUUCUCCAAAAAAGAGGAGGGAAAUUUGGCAAAAUAUGGCUUGCAGCCACUAAGAUGUCAAAGCUGACUAGGAGGGAGAUAGCCAUGGUUGAUGUGGAGAAAUCAUGUGAUGACAUAUUAGCAUACAUAGAAUUACGUAUAGUACCUAGUAAAGGAGCUCGGCGACCAAGAUUCUCACUGUAUUUGUCAGCUCUUCUCAUGUACGGAGUAGUCAGAAUACAUCAAAAACAUAUAGACUAUCUUCUUGGUGAUGUAUCAAAUGCUUUUCUCCGUGCAACAUCCCUGGCAACACUUAAAGUACACGACAUUGAUCUGCCAGAAACCCCAAAGGCAGAUCAGGUGACAAAUCCAGAAAUACUGGAGCAGGAGCUUUGUAGAGCUGAGGAUUUAUAUCUUAGUCAACUUGAUACAGAGUUGUUGAGGGCAGAAUCUGCCGAACUUGGUGAAUUCUGGAAUCUGAGCGGUCCAACACCAAUCCUAAGUAAUGGCAGUCCAAUACCAAAAAAGAGAAAAAGACGCCAAACCCAAGAUGAAUCAGUGCCUUUGGUAGCUGAUAUAGAGCAGAUUACAAUGAGGGAUCCCCCACCACUGAUUGUAGACACUCCCCUUUCACCUAUACAGGUUCCUAAAGAUGUAGAUCUUCCCAUGUUGGAUAAUAGGGAGAUGGAACUGUUACUGGGCCAAGUAGAGGAGCCUGCACUACAGGUAUCAGAUCUGUUACCUACCAGCACACCCUUCAAUCUAGAUGUAGACAGUGAUACCAGACAAGCAUUACGAUUCCAGCAAACUGCACUAGAAAGCCCCAGUCGUAUAAUACAGGAAGACAAGGAGAAAACUCCAGAACGACCUCCUUUGUCAACAGUACCAGAGACUCGUGCAGUGCCUCCUUCCCCAGGUGUCACUCAGCAAAUCAUUACUAGUCCAUUGCCAAGAAGAAACAUACCUGGACGGUCACUAGAGUUAGAAUUAACAGCUGAUGUUCCCAGUCCUACACAGCGUAAACGUAAAAGACAGCUGGCAUUUGCCGAUGCUGAAACACAGAUACCGAAGAACAAAAUGAAGCAGCAUAUGACAACAGGGAAAGAUACAUGUGAAAACUUUGUACUACCAGAUGUUCAUGGUGUUGGAGCCACUGAUCUGUUAGCUGUUGCAGGCAAAAAAGAAUUAAGAAAGGAACCAUGGCAUCAUCUGUGGGCAAGAAAUGCUCGUUUCCGUAGAAACAUCCCAGAGCAAGAUUUAGCAGAGGCAAUAUCACCACCUCCAUUACAGGCACCUGACCAGAUAGAUUUACCAACAGAACUGCCAGCUGUUGAUAUGUCAACACUUCAAAACCUAGGAGAAACCCUGACGCUAGGGCAACCAGCUGCUUUAUCACCUGUUGUACCUCCACCAUCUGAAGACCGUAGGAGAAGCAAGCGUAACAUUUCUACUCUAGAAGAAUCUGUGGAGGAGUUGCGAAGAAUAUCAAUGUCAAUGACUGGGACUCCAGCACCUGACAUAUCACUGAGAGAGAUUAACAGAGACGCGUCCACAUCUCGUAUAGAGACUCCACGACCUCUAGGAUUAGAUGAUUCUCUUAUACUGGAAGAAAGUCGAGACUCUAGGAAAGGCAGCACAAAAAAACGUAGAACGAGAUCUACAGCAUCUAAAGAUGAUGAGCAGCAAGCCCCGCCCUCUAUGAUGGAAUUACCCUCUGGGACCAGCCUUCAGACAAGCCACACCUCCACUGGUCGUACACUUUACGAUGUUGUAGAAGAACCAAGAUUCGAGGGUCAUUAUGUGGCAGUACCAUUGUUACAGUAUAUGACAGAGGACCAGGAACAAUUACAGGAGGAAUUACUAAAGUCUAUAGAAGGUGAUAUUGAGGAUCAGGCAGAUCAGUACACUACUUUCCUCAGUAUCUGUCCACCACAACUUGUAGACAGAAAAACUGCUGCCAGGAAAUUUUCUGCUCUACUAGAGCUCUGUGCCAAAGGAUCUGUUAUUGUCACACAGCAAGACUGUUAUGAGGACAUUUACAUAAGAAUGACCGAGUGAACCAAUCAGAGAUCAAAACUGCAAUAGACUAACAGAGUGAACAGGGCAUCAAAACAACAUUAGACAGGGCAUCAAAACGACAUUAGACAGGGCACUAAAACAACAUUAGACGGGGCACCAAAACAACAUUAGACGGGGCACCAAAACUACAUUAGACAGGGCACCAAAACUACAUUAGACAGGGCACCAAAACUGCAAUAGACAGGGCACCAAAACAACAUUAGACAGGGCACCAAAACAACAUUAGACAGGGCACCAAAACUACAUUAGACACCAAAACAACAUUAGACAGCGCACCAAAACAACAUUAGACAGCGCACCAAAACAACAUAAGACAGGGCAUCAAAACUACAAUAGACUGACAGAAUUUGAACUGGAAAUCUAAACUGACUGUAUAGCUGCAUUUGGCUCCAUUUUCUCAAUGUGCUAAACUUACAAAAAGUAGAUACUUUAAAUAAAACAAUAAAUUAGUUAAUACAUGUAUAUAACAUUUCUACUUUUCUGGCAGGAAAAAUUAUUUUCUUAACCUCUAAGAAUAGAGAUUACCAAAAGUGAACACUUAGUUGUUUUUGAUUAUCAAAAAGAUUGACUAAUGACUAACUGACUUGAUAUUUUAGUGCAAUGAAAUAAUAAUUGAAAUUUAUUAUUUUUCUUAAUGACAUUGUUAUUUUUAAAUAAGUAAUCAAAACCUUAUAUACAGUAUAUACAUGUCUGUUGCCCCUGUUAAUUAUUGUUCUUUUUAUUUCAAAUGAUGUGAGCAUUUGUUGUAUUUUUACAUUUGUUGUUAUUCAUUAUAUUUACUUUUAUUUUGUUGUUAUUUGUUAUAAUUAAUUUAUUUUGUUGUUAUUCGUUAUAUUUACUUUAUUUUGUUACCAUAUAUUAUGUGCAAUUUAUUGUUGUUAAUGAUAUGUCAUGUUAUUUCAUCAUGCAGAUUAAUAAAUCAUGAUUUAACUUGUUAUUUUAUUCACAUUGAUCAUUAUUCAUGGUUUGACUUGUUAUUUUAUCACAGUUAUUGAGAGUAAUAUAUCAUGAUAUUUCAUUACACUGACAUAAGUUAUUAAUCGUGAUUUUACUUGUUAUUUUAUCACACUAGCUAAUAAAAACAUGUUACUUUAUUAUACUAGAUAUUGAUAAUGGUUUAACUUGUUAUUUUAUCACAUUAGUUAUUGACGAUAAUUUAUCAUGUUAUUUUAUCACACUAAUUAAUGAUCACAUUAUAUCAUGUUAUAAAAACAUGUUAUUUUAUCACACUAGGUAAACGUUUUUAUCACACAAGUUAUUUAUAAUGUGUUUUUAGCUCACCUGUCACAAAGUGACAGGGUGAGCUUUUGUGAUCGCUUUUCGUCCGGCGUCCGUCCGUCCGUCCGUCGUCCGUCCGUAAACUUUUGCUUUAAAUGACAUCUCCUCAUAAACCACUGAGCCAAUUUCAUCCAAACUUCACAGGAAUGUUCCUUUGGUGGUCACCUUUAAAAAUUGUUCAAAGAAUUUAAUUCCAUGCAGAACUCUGGUUGCCAUGGCAACCGAAAGAAAAAUCUUUAAAUAUCUUCUUUUAAACAACCCUAAGAGCUAGAGCUUAGAUAUUUUGGCAUGAAACAUCUUCUAAUGAGUGUCUACCAAGUUUGUUCAAAUAAAAGCCCUGGGGUCAAAAUUGGCCCCGCCCCCGGGGGGUCAUUGAUUUUCCCUAUAUGCAUAUAGUAAAAACUUAAAAGAUCUUCUUUUUAAAGAACUGUAAGAGCUAGAGCUAAGAUUUUUGGCAUGGAACAUCUUCUAGUGAGUGUCUACCAAGUUUGUUCAAAUAAAAGCCCUGGGGUCAAAAUUGGCCCCGCCCCGGGGGGUCAUUGAUUUUCCCUAUAUGCAUAUAGUAAACACUUAAAAAAAUCUUCCUUUAAAGAACUGUAAGAGCUAGAGCUUAGAUAUUUGGCAUGAAACAUCUUCUAGUGAAUGUCUACCAAGUUUGUUCAAAUAAAAGCCCUGGGGUCAAGAUUGGCCCCGCCCCAGGGGGUCAUUGAUUUUCCCUAUAUGCAUAAAGUAAAAACUUAAAAAAUCUUCUUUUAAAGAACCCAAAAGAGCUAGAGCUUAGAUAUUUGGCAUGAAACAUCUUCUAGUGAAUGUCUACCAAGUUUGUUCAAAUAAAAGCCCUGGGGUCAAAAUUGGCCCCGCCCUGGGGGGUAAUUGAUUUCCCUAUAUGCAUAUAGUUUAAACUUAAAAAAUCUUCUUUUAAAGAACCGUAAGAGCUAGAGCUUAGAUAUUUGGCAUAAAACAUCUUCUAGUAAAUGUCUACCAAGUUUGUUCAAAUAAAAGCCCUGGGGUCAAAAUUGGCCCCGCCCCAGGGGGUCAUUGAUUUUCCCUAUAUGCAUAUAGUAAAAACUUAAAAAAUCUUCUUUUAAAGAACUGUAAGAGCUAAAGCUUAUAUAUUUGGCAUGAAACAUCUUCUAGUGAAUGUCUACCAAGUUUUGUUCAAAUAAAACCCCUGG